AUGACUACUUCUUCGCAGCACAUGGUGCGCGCCCUCUUCAGGGAUCCCGAACCCCUCUUCUCUCUCACUGAUUUUGAGUUGCGCCGCACGUAUGCCCAGCGGACUGAGGCACACAUUCGAAAAUUGUUCCAUGAUUUCCGUCUGCGCACCGAAUACGUCGCCGCUAUGAUUCUCAAUGAUAAUGUCUACAUUGAUGAUUAUCUAUCUCUUGAUCCCAAGUCUUACGGGUGGCGUAAUAACCCAGCCCAGCUGCACAGCACACUGCUUAGUAAUGACGCAUUCUGCAAGCACUACAUGCUUCAUCUAGACUCCGAAAACUUCCAGGACCCAGCCUGGAUCCUGUCUUUGCCUGAGAGACUGGACAGCCACCCAGACGCUGUCGUGGAUGACGAGACCCUCAAAGCAGAAAUUCGAGCGCUGGAUUAUUACGCGCGCUUUGAAACCGAUCCUCAUCUCCAAGACUAUCCCUACGACGAGGACGAGGAGACCAAGUGCCGCAAGCGUGACGGGGAAGUUUGUGCGGUAACUGGACGCGCCAACCCUGAUGUGUUUUGGUUUUUCCCUACCACUCUUAACGCUACCGUCGAACAAAACGACAUCACGGGAAAUCUUGCGUGGUCAGGCACCUUUUUCAUGGGCUCCAUCUUUGCGGCAAAGCACAAACCAAACCCCUUCUGCGACAAACACAAACUGGGAGGAUCUCACAAAGCAUGGAACAUGCUCUGCAUUGACCCCAUCCUCUACGACUAUCUCUCAACUGGAUUCUGCACAUUCAAGUAUCAUGGAGAUACAAAGCUGGAGAAUGGGGAUGUUGAGGUAGCCUUGCAGUUUUACUGGCUGCCCCAACCAAAAGCCCGAUUCGGUCAAGUCUUUGACAUGGAGAAAGACUGGCAGGGCCUGAUGGAUGAUCUUCAGGAACACCAAGACAAGGGCUUUCCCCCACCCACCUUCUGGAAUGAUGACUGCACUACCAAGUCCGGGGAGCCGCUUCGAUCCGGACACCUCAUCUACAUUGUCGUUUCGGAACAGGAUGUCGAGUAUUUCAAGACUGCUAUUCAGGUGCACUGGUCUUGUAGCGUAUUCACAUCCUUGUGCGGUGCCUCUGGGCGCCCUUAUUUACUGUCGGGUAAGGAAUACGAAGACCCGACUAUGCAACGUUAUCAGGAUCUAGGCAGACAGGGCAAGGAAGGCGACAGCCCGUAUUCUCAGCUUGAAUAG